AUGAGGUAUCAUAAUAGUGUGUCAUUCAAAAGCUACCCAAAGUUUUUAUUAAUUUUUGAGCUUGUUAUGGUAGUUUUUAUUAAUUUUUCAGAAUUCAAAGAAGCUUUUUCGCUGUUUGACAAAGAUGGCGAUGGCACGAUUACAACGAAAGAAUUGGGUACUGUAAUGCGGUCGUUAGGACAAAAUCCUACUGAAGCUGAAUUACAAGAUAUGAUCAAUGAAGUUGAUGCUGAUGGUAACGGAACGAUUGAUUUUCCGGAGUUUCUUACCAUGAUGGCACGAAAAAUGAAGGAUACAGAUAGUGAAGAAGAAAUCCGUGAAGCAUUUCGCGUAUUUGACAAAGAUGGGAAUGGUUUCAUAUCUGCUGCUGAAUUACGUCAUGUUAUGACCAAUCUUGGUGAAAAACUCACGGAUGAGGAAGUCGAUGAGAUGAUUAGGGAGGCUGACAUUGAUGGAGAUGGCCAGGUCAAUUACGAAGGUUUGUGCUGA